AUGAACGCCGCCCAGUACCUCUUGGACCGCGUGCGCACGUGCAAAGCGCUGCAAGACGGGAGCGACAAGACAAAGCAGCAGCAGCCGCAGCAGCACAAGUCGCGCAGCUGCUUUGCGUCCGUCGGCAGCGCCACGCACUCGUUCCACGGCGACGACGCCGUAGGCUUUGGCCGGAGCUAUAUGGUCGUUGCAGACGGCGUCUCGGGCACGUUGAAGGCGUCGGGAGUGCUCGCGCGCAUCCUCGUGGCCGAGACGCUGGCGUCGCUCGCCAAGCUGCAGAAACAGACGCGCGAGACGGCGCCGAGCGCCUCGGACGUGCGCCAGAGCCUGCGCGUGGCCAUCCAGAGCGCGCGCAAGCAGGUAAAGCACAAAGGGCGGCUCGACUCGACGCUCUCGACGGCGUUCUUCGACAAGACGGCGCGGCGGAUGUUCGUGUACUCGAUUGGCGACUGCAAGUGUGUGGUCUUUCGCGGGCGGGACCUCGUGUUCGAGAGCGACUCGAUCGUCUACGACUUUAACGUGCCUGCCGUCGUCUCGAGCAACGAGUCGGUCAACUACGACGACGACGUGCAGAUCCAGACGUUCGACUACGAAGCCGGCGACGUGUGCUUUCUGUUCUCAGACGGCGUGCACGACAACCUGUACGUCGACGACAUUGCGUCGUGCGUCACGUCGGUCGUCGCGCGCUCGCCGCCCACGCGGUCGAGACGUGGCGCCGCCGAGGCCAUGGCACGACGGACCGUGCAACGCGCCAAGGACACCUUCACGUGCACCUCGACGUACAUUCCGUUUGCCGUCUCGGCCGCGGGCUUUUGCUGCGAAGCGCUGCACGAGCUCGAGACGAGCGACAGUGUGGACGCCGACGAGUUGGAGCGCUUUCGACGGCAGUGCGAGGCGAUGCCGUCACUGGGCGUGACGCGCGCAGCGUUUGGCAAGGAGCGCCGCGUGCGUCGCUUGGCGUUCUACAGUGCGUCGAACCUGCUGGCGUUCGCGCACAAGAAGCAGGGCAAGCGCGACGACAUUUCCGUGUGCGCUGCAGUGCUCGCGUGA